UAGUACGCGUAAACGUGACGUGUACACAUCGAACAGAACCGAACCGGCGAAUAUGGCAGACCAAAAAGGGAGCAGCCCACCUCCAUUGUUGUUAUGUUCGACUAAUGAUAGCAUCACACCCGGGAUUUUUCGACCCGUUCCCGCAACAGCAUCUUUGUUUCCUACAGAGGAAGAUGGCGAGGCAGAUAGUUUCUUGGGACAAAAUGAUCCUCCUGACCUACAUGUAGGGGCUCCCCCUCCACCCUCUAACCAACAAGCCGCACCCUCGACAUUCUCAUACUUCCAGCAGCAGCAGCAGCUGUCCGGUCCUCCCCAGUCAGACCCGUUUGCGGGGAUAUCCUCCCAGGGUCCGUCCCCCUUUCCCUCCCCUCAACCCCCGUCGUUAGCAGGCCCAGCAACUAUCCCAACGUAUGCACCAAACAACCAGUUUGCUUCACCCCCCUCGCUCCAGGCAGGGCCGCCCCCACCCCAAGCGGUGCCGUUCACAUCGCCACAAAACGUACCCCUUCAGCCUCGCGCAGUACACUUUCAAGAUGAGCCAUCUGCAGGGCCACCACCACCAACUACUGGUUAUUCUCCAAGUGCUCCUCCACCUACUGGUGCUCCUCCCUCUGGACAAGCUGCUCCAAAAUUUGGUAUCAAGGGGUACCAACACAGGCCCAUGCCAUACCCCACAGGGGGUGUCACACCAGCAAGUGGACCCUUACCACCAGGCAUCUUAGCACCUCCUCCAAAAGUACAACAGUAUGAUGCGAGCAGACCUCCACCCACAGCAGCUGAGGUCCAGCAGCAGACGCAACCAGCCCCUGGUGAAUCCCCAAGACCUGGGGGUGCCUACCAGUCCAUCCAGCCCCAUUGGUUCUACUGCAAGGAGAUGGAGAAGAGGAGCGUCUGGGUGCCAUUCAGCAUUAUCGAUUCGAUCAAGCUGGAGGAGGCCAUGCUCAGAGCACAAACUUCAUCGGAGAGCAACAUUAUCAUCUCCACCAAUGGAGGGCGCUAUGACGUGAGUCUGUCAGAGAGAUUGCGCUUUGCCAUCUAUUGGGACGAGCAGCCUUCCCCAGUGAGGAGAUGCACAUGGUUUUAUAAGAGCGACAGUGAGAAUCGAUUCAUUCCUUAUGAGGAGCAAAUGGCGAACAUGCUGGAGGAAGAAUACCGUACUGCAUCCAUGCAGAACCAGUGGCACCGGAGACUGGAACUCUCCGACGGUGAGACCAUCAUCAUGCACAACCCCAACGUCAUCGUCCACUUUCGACCCUCCACCAGACCCGACGAGUGGGGGGCGUCGCCGGAUACUCAGAUGAGACCUAGGGUGGUCAAGAGAGGUGUCGAUGAUAUCGACAGCAUCCAACAAGGAGAACCAAGUCAAGUGGACCACCUUGUCUUUGUGAUCCAUGGAAUAGGACCCGUGUGUGAUUUGAGAUUUAGAACCAUUACAGAAUGUGUUGAUGACUUCAGGUCAUUGUCUCUGGGUCUGAUGAGCAGCCACUUCAAGCAGGCCCAGGAUGAAGGCAGGGCGGGGCGUGUGGAGUUCCUACCGGUCUACUGGUAUGCAGCUCUCCAUGGGGACGCCACAGGAGUCGACAGGCGACUAAAGCGCAUCACUCUGCCCAGCAUCAACCGUUUACGGAACUUCACCAAUGAGACACUUCUAGACAUUCUCUUCUACACCAGUCCUAUCUACGCCCAGCAGAUUGCCGAGGUGGUGUGCUCGGAGAUCAACAAAUUGUAUGCCAAAUUUCAAGAGAGAAACCCAGAUUUCUGUGGCCAGGCGUCCCUUAUUGGACAUAGUUUAGGUUCCCUCAUUGCUUUCGACCUUCUCAAGCACCAGGGGGACGGCGACGAGGCGGAGUCCGAAGAGAACCUCAUCAAAUCGGAAGUCUUCAGGGACAAGCCCCCGACUCCAGCCCCAUCUGCGGAAUCUCUUACACCCUCCAGCAGCAAUGCAUCUCUACUGAGUGGGGCUGCACUGGACGAUGGGCCUGCUGUGAUAUCUCUGGAAGAGUCCCUGGAAUCUAUGGGCCUACUGGACCUGCUACCCAAGUUCGAGGAGGAACGAAUCGACAUGGAGAGUCUGCUCAUGUGCAGUGAUGCGGAUCUGAAAGAGAUGGGGAUUCCCCUCGGCCCCAGGAAGAAGCUAGGGGGCUUCCUGCGAGAUCAGGCAACGAAAGAGGCAAAGCGGAAGGAAGGAAGGAUGCAACAGGAGCAGACGAGGGCUGAACAGAAGGCUGUGGAGGAGGAGAGACAGAGACGGGAAGAGCUGAAUGCUUCAACAGCAGUACAACCAUCCAGGGACGGUCUUCAUCCUGCAAUGUCUGUCCAUGUCGACUAUGAACCAGGGCUAGAGGGUGUUGGGCAGCCAUUUGUCAACUAUCCGCAGCUAGACUUCAACCCAGCCUGUUUCUUUGCCUUGGGUUCUCCCAUUGGUAUGUUCCUCACAACUAGAGGUGUAGGAAGAGUGGGCGAGAACUAUCGACUACCGACCUGCCCUUUCAUGUUCAACGUGUUCCACCCUCUUGACCCUGUGGCAUACCGUAUUGAGCCCCUGAUCCACCCAACCCUAACAGAUAUCAAGCCAGUUCUUAUGCCUCAUCACAAAGGAAGAAAACGCCUUCAUCUAGAACUUCGAGAGAGCCUGUCCCACUUUGGCUCCGACCUCAAGCGUAGCCUGCUUGAGUCGAUGAAGAAGACGUGGGCCACCCUGCAUCAGUUUGCCCUGGCUCAUCGGACGGAAGAAGAAAACGAAGAAAAUGAAGAUCCCAAUAGUGUCACGGACGAGCAGAUGGAAGCGGUUGCCGAGCAACUGAGUAAACAGCAGCAAGCCAAUCAGCAAGCAGAAGCGGAUGGACAGUCGAGAGAUCAAGAAGAGAACCUACGACUUGGCCAGUUGAACGGAGGAAAGCGAAUUGACUAUGUCCUGCAAGAGGCUCCCCUAGAAAGCUUCAAUGAAUAUCUCUUUGCUAUGAGCAGUCAUGCAUGUUAUUGGGAAUCUGAGGACACAGUCUUGUUGGUGCUAAAGGAGGUCUACGGAGUCCUAGGAAUCUACCCUCAAAUAUCUGGACCAAGAUCAGACUCAGCACCUAGUACUCCUCUCAGAUACUAAGUCUGGUCUUAGACCAGUUUGGAAUAGUAUCAAGCAAUGUAGACCACUUCCAGUACCUAUUCCUGGUCCUGCUCUUAAUCUGUCAGUACCCAGGAAUGAUUGCAUGUCAAGUUGGUACUGUUUCGUGUCUGUUCUUUUUUAUGUUUGAACUCAUUGUUCCAAGCUCAGAACAUUAUUAAGCCAUAUAGAUGAUGUUUAGGUCUGUACAUGUGCCUGUUCGUGCUCUUGUCAUGACAUUUGAUCAGAGUUGAGAAUAUAACCAUACAAGCUUCUAGUUCUUUUGUUCUGGUUCUAAAGUCACUUAUCCAUAUGAGGGAUAAUGUCAUGCCAUGUAGACAGCUUUCUAGUACAGUCAAACCUGUCUAUAGCGACCACCCAAGGGAAACACAAAAAGUGGCCUUUGUAGACAGGUUCCUUUAG